GGAGACUUCUGGGCGGCACUACAGCCAAGGCGGGUGGAAUCCAGAGCGGCGCGGGAUCCGUGAACUGCAGGCGGGUCCCAGGUUUCAGCUCCCGGACUGACUGGCGCUUCCCUGCCCCAUGGACGCCUCCUCUAGACCGUGGAAUCCAACCCCGGCCCCUGUCAGCAGCCCCUCCCUGCUGCUCCCCAUCCCGGCCAUCGUUUUCAUCGCUGUGGGCACCUAUUUGUUGCUGCUGGGCCUAGUACUACUGAUUAGGCACUGCCUUCUGGCUCAGGGCUGCUGCACGGACUGCAGCACCCCCUGCAGGAAGCAAGGUGCCUCGGGGCCGCAGGACUGUUGCUGGACCUGUGCAGAAGCCUGCGACUUCCCUCUGCCUAGCCCAGCCCACUACUUGGAUGCCUGCUGCCCUCAGCCCACCGAGGCCGGCUGGGCCCCUCGCUGUGCCCGCUGCUGUCCACUCUGCGACUGUGCCUGUGCCUGCCAACUUCCUGACUGCCAGAGCCUCAAUUGCCUCUGCUUUGAGAUCAAGCUCCGAUGAAGACCCGGGGUCCCUACCCUUUGAGGAGUGGCCAACCCCCAGGACCCUUGUGGUGCCCUCCUCCCUAGGGGGCCUCAGGACAUUUUUCUCUGGGCCACCGGGACCACAAAUGGCCUGCCUAGCUCAGUGGCCUGGGAACCAGCCACGGAGGACCUGGCUCCCU